AUGAGCCUGGACUCCUUGUUUCAGCAAAUCCUCCUGACAGAACAAAAGGCAGGGGAGAAACGGCGCCUCUUGCAACAAGUUAAACAAAAAAUUACACAAGGACAUGAAAAAGCUAAAAUAUUAAGGGAACAACUGGAUGAAGCCAAAAUAAAACUUGAAGAAGAGGUUCAGCUGCUUUCAAAAAAGUUUUUUAACUUGGAACUUUUGAAGAAAAAGGAAGAGAGUCUGGAGAAACAGAAAAAUGAACUUCUGUGUCAGAAAAGUAUUCUGCUUGAAACUUUUAUGGAUAUCAAGAGAAAAAAUGCCACAGAGGAUGAGAAAUUUCUGAAGGAACUUGCAGACUUCAACAACGAAUAUGCGUUAACAUCCGAUAGGGAGCUCUUAAUUAAAAAAAGAGCUAAGGCUGAAAUAUGUGAAUUGGAGGAAAAAGAAAAUGUUUUGAGAAAUGAAAUAGAGUCAACGGAGCACAAAAAUGCUCAAUUAAAAAUGUUUCAGCUACAAAAGGAUGAAUUGAAGGAAGAUUUAUUUACCCUGCAGGAGAAACUCAGAGAUUUGGAAAGUAAAAUAAGAGAAGCUAAACACAUCACAAAGUGUUUAGAAAUGGAAAAAAACAAAAUUUCUGAAAAACCUCAGACUGAUCCAGAAUGUGUAAGGCUUAAAAAGGAAUUGGAAAGUUACAAAGAAAAUGAAAUGGAAAAUGCCUGUGCGGCUCUUCAAACGGAAAUUGAAUUUCUGCAGAUGAAAUUGUUACCAAAAAAAUCCUACUCCAAAUAA